GCGUUUAUUUAGUUGAUUUUUUGUUAACUUUUGUGUACAUUUGAGUUCUAUAAAAUGCCGUUAACAUUUAUUAAUUCUCAAAAAGGCAAUAAAUUAUUAGUUCAUGAAGGCAUUUUAUAUGCAAAAAAGCGGAUAAACAAAAAUGAUAUUUCUUGGCGUUGUGCUACCAAUUCGAAGUGUAACCUAUUAAUUCACACGGAUAGCGAACUCCGCACCGGCAAUAUUAUAGGCACUGUGCCUGUUCAUGAUCAUCCAGGCGAUGUUGCUGCGAUUCAAGCGAAAGCUGUAAAAAAUAAAAUAUUAAAGCGAGCUCGCAAGACCGACGAUAAGCCUGCAAAAGUUGUAUCACGUUCUUUACGUGGUGUGAUGUCUCCUGUAGCUGCUUUGUUACCUAAACCGGCAUCGCUUUCACGUGCAAUAAAUCGUGUACGAGCUGUUGAUAAUCCACAAUUCCUGGCGUAA